CCGAAGCCUCGAGCACUAAGUGGCAGCCCAGGGCGCAAUGGAGGCGAAGGCGGUGUCCACGCCGUCUACAGGCGGCGCGUUCUCGGUAUCUGCGGAGGAAACCGAAAAGUGGAUGGAGGAGGCCAUGCAGAUGGCCAAAGAAGCCCUUGAAAAUAUUGAAGUUCCUGUUGGCUGCCUUAUGGUCUACAACAAUGAAGUUGUGGGGAAAGGAAGAAAUGAAGUUAACCAAACCAAAAAUGCUACUCGACAUGCAGAAAUGGUGGCCAUUGAUCAGGUCCUAGAUUGGUGUUGUCGAAGUGGCAAGAGUCCCUCUGAAGUGUUUGAACACACUGUGCUGUAUGUCACCGUGGAGCCAUGUAUUAUGUGCGCAGCUGCUCUCCGCCUGAUGAAAAUCCCGCUGGUUGUGUAUGGCUGUCAGAAUGAACGAUUUGGUGGUUGUGGCUCUGUUCUAAAUAUUGCCUCUGCUGACCUACCAAAUACUGGGAGACCGUUUCAGUGCAUUCCUGGAUAUCGGGCUGAGGAAGCAGUGGAAAUGUUAAAGACCUUCUACAAACAAGAAAAUCCAAACGCACCAAAAUCAAAAGUUCGGAAAAAGGAAUAUCAGAAGUCUUGAACUUGUUCUGAUGAAAGACUAAUUAAUGCCUCAAAGUGACCUGGACAAAAUUCUUGGACUGAAAGCUUUUGACAUUGUUGAAUCAUGUGUUUAUAUAUUGUCGUUAAUCUAUGGAAAAAUGGUGUCUCUCAUCACUUGCUCUGUUAAGGGAACAAAUUAGCACUUUCAAAAAGUCUGACAAUUGUAAACAACUAUUAGCUUUUCCACAAGUUGAAAGAACAUUUUAAGAAGGGGAGAAAUUAAAGUUUGAGGUUUUAGAAAUUAGCAAGCACUGCAUGCCCUUCCAGCCACAACAUUAUGCCCUGUCUGGGCAAGUGCUGAUUUUUCAGAGAAUGUGGAUCCAGACCCAGAUACCUGACAUGUGUCUGGACUGCAGUGUGCCAUGCUGCAGACGUUUCUCCAGCACUGGCAUUUCAGAGUCAGAUUCUUCAGUUUUUACAGCUACUAUGUUCUCCCAGGGCACUGGAGGCCUAUGACUUCUCUCCAAAUUGUCUAUGAGGUGUGUGUGUGUGUGUGUGUGUGUGUGUGUGUAUACACACACUCUAUAUAUACAUAUAUAUAUAUACA